GAGAGGACAGAUUGGGGGGUGAUAGGGAGGACCUGGUAGGGGGUGUGGGUUCGGGGGGUGUGAGUGGGAACAACCUACCGAGUAAGAAGUACUCGUAUCUACUACAAGUUGGGGACCGAAUAACAGUGGGAUCAUAUGGGAGGAUCAUAUGGGAGGGGAUAAUUGGGUCACACCACCUUUUCUUUUUUCUUUUCUUUUCUUUCUUUUCUUUUUCUCUCUCUCUUUCUUUCCCAUCUUGUCAUCUUCUUUCGUUUGGGUGGAAUGGGGAACCCAUCAGAGGGAGAAUGCAGUGGCAUGGAAGUAUACGAGUAGGUGUCAAUUAAAUGCACCCUCGGUGCCGCUAGACGCACGCAUGAAUCCAGGGUUGCCAGGGGGUGGUGUCGCAGCUCGCAUUGUUGACGCGGUUAAACCACAGCACACCCAGCGUUCUCGCCGGCAGGGAUUCCGAGCUGCAGCCAGCGCCGCGCUGGGCGUCUGUUCUCGACCAUUUUUUUUUAUUGAGUAGCUUGCCACUCUGCGAGGGUGGAUGAGCAGCAGCACACACAG